AUGAAGACCUUAGGGAACGGAUGCAUCCUUGGGAUGCUAUCUUGUGCUUUCUACCUUCCACUGGCAGCCUCCUUUCAAAAAGUCACCAUCCCGGCAGAGCUGAAGUCGGUGGUAGCUAAAGUCGCUGUGAACACCACGUCCUGCAGCGUCACCUGCGGGCUGGGCUUCAAGCUGGAGGAGAUGUGCGAGAUCACUCCGGCCGGAGGGAGGAGGAACUGCACCCUGCGCAGGUCCCCGUGCCUCACCACCUGGGGCUGUGGCUUGCUCCACUUCACCGUCCCGGUGGGCAAACCGUUCACGUUCAGCUGCCUGAGCUCGGACACGGUCGACUUCGUUAGCCGAGCCUAUACCUGCACGUGGAGGCUUGCCCCAGGCCUCAUCACCAUGAACGAUGUCCUGUUUGGACCUUUCAAAAACCCCGGUUACGUCGUCCGGUUUUCCCCCACCAGGGAGUCGGACGCGGGGACUUACCGCUGUGAUGUGCGGAUGCUGAAGACGUUCAGGGUCAUCAAGAGAGUCUACUUCGGGGUCAGAGUGAUCCGAAAUGACUUAGUGGAUCUGAACUUUGAGAAGUCCUUGACUCACGAGCAGAAGCUAGCAGCAAACGAGGAGGAAGGGAUCAAAGGAAACAACACCCACACAGAAGUGCAGCAGCACUUCUGGCAAAGAAAAUCAUUUUAUAAAUCCCUGAUAGGAAUUGGAAGUGGAGUGAUAGGAGUUCUCUUACUGAGAGCAGCUCUCCGCUCUUUGCAGAAGGCUUUGAGAAGAAGCGAUGCAGAGACGCAACCUGAGUUUUAA